AUGACUAAAAAAUAUACCAUCUAUUUUGGUGGAUACACUGAACCUUAUUAUUUACGGGAACCCAAAGAAGUAAAAGGACUUUUAGAGGAUUACAACAAAGAUCCCGAUAAGUUAACUGAUGACUUACAAGACCUUAACGACCAAUUAGACCAGAAAGAUGCCCGCGACGCGGAGAAAAUAACCCAAAAGACCGCCGACAAAUUACAGGCGGAUUUAAAUAAGUUCCCCAUUCUUAAUCAAAGUGUAAACCAAUUAUUAAAUAAAGAAAGUGUAGCGGACUUAAAAGAAUUGGAUGACAAAAUAAAAGAGAUUAAACAAAACUUACAGACUACCGCCACCGAACGGGAUGAAGCCCGUAAAAAACGCGACCAAUACAAGGCCGAUCGGGACAAAUUAAGGAAAAAAGUUAACACCAUUAAACCUUCUUGGGAUUUUAUAGUAGACAAAAUAAAUAAAUGCAAAACGGUAAUUAUUGGCGACCUACAAAAGAAAAAGAUCCGUCAUCACAUGGGACAAAUUGCGGGAGAGUUCGCGUGA